GAACAAUUAUGGAGCUCUGGAAACAUUUAUAAUAUUACACACAUUAAAAGGCCGCCUUUGGAUAAAAUCUAGACACGAAAUAUCCCAUUAACCGGCCAUUCAUAUUUCUAUACCCAUAAGGGUAGUUUCAAGUCUCAAUUGACAAUCGUUUGCGACAGCUUCGGCUGCCCCACUAAAAACCUUCAACAACAUCUAGCAAGCACCAAGCUACAGAAUGUAUUCUGAGAUAUAAAGAUUGCCAAUUUCGACUGUUUCUCCCAUCCACACAUACGCGAACGUGACGAGAACGUCUACAACAACCCCUGUCCCUGCUACACAUCGAUAACAUCGGGUCUCUGUUCCCAAAAUUCAGGGAAACAUGGGGGUUCCAACCAAGAUCAGCAUUCUAGGUCGCGAAAGCAUUGUCGCUGACUUUGGCAUCUGGAGAAACUAUGUGGCUAAGGAUUUAUUAAACAGCUGCUCUUCUUCAACCUACAUCCUUAUUUCAGACACCAACAUAACGCCCCUCUAUCUGGACGGCUUCCAAAAGUCCUUCGACGAUGCCGCAGCAAAUCUCUCUCCCAAACCCCGUCUCCUCACUUACGAGAUACCUCCCGGCGAAUCUUCAAAAUCUCGUGAAACAAAGGCGGGCAUUGAAGACUGGAUGCUCACCCGUCAACCACCAUGCGGUCGAGAUACCGUGAUCAUUGCCUUGGGCGGUGGCGUGAUUGGGGAUUUAAUUGGGUUUGUGGCAGCUACCUAUAUGCGUGGAGUGCGCUUUGUGCAGGUUCCUACAACUCUACUGGCAAUGGUUGACUCCUCAAUUGGCGGCAAGACGGCAAUUGAUACACCCAAUGGCAAGAAUUUGAUCGGCGCCAUCUGGCAACCGCAAAGGAUCUAUUUGGAUAUGGAGUUUUUGAAUACCUUGCCUGAGAGAGAGUUUAUAAAUGGCAUGGCCGAAGUGAUCAAGACUGCCGCAAUUUCCAGCGAAGAAAAGUUUGCCGCAUUGGAAGAUGAUGCCGAGAUCAUCUUGGCAGCCGUCAAGUCGAAAAAUACACCAGAACGACCACGAUUCAGCGGCAUCGAAGAGACACUGAAAAGAACCAUUUUAUCCUCCGCAGAGUUCAAGGCACAGGUUGUCUCAGCGGACGAAAGAGAAGGUGGACUACGCAAUCUCCUAAACUUCGGUCAUUCUAUCGGCCACGCUAUAGAAGCUAUACUAGCCCCGCAAGUCCUUCACGGAGAGUGCGUCGCUAUAGGAAUGGUCAAGGAAGCCGAACUAGCUCGCCAUCUUGGAAUCUUGAAUAACGUUUCCGUAUCCCGCAUUUCAAAAUGCCUGGCCAGUUACGGAUUGCCAACUUCUCUCAAGGAUGAGCGGAUAAGGAAACUGACCGCUGACAAGCAUUGCAGCGUGGAGCAACUAAUCACAUAUAUGGGCGUCGAUAAAAAGAACGAUGGACCGAAGAAAAAGGUCGUCCUUCUGUCCGCGAUUGGGCGCACUCAUGAACCACGGGCAAGUACGGUGUCGAACGAAGAGAUCCAAAUCGUGCUUGCGCCAAGCAUCGAAGUUUCUCCAGGUGUUCCGAAAAAUCUUAACGUCACUUGCACACCCCCAGGAUCGAAAAGUAUCUCGAAUCGGGCCCUCGUCCUUGCUGCACUUGGGUCAGGUACAUGCCGCCUCAAGAAUCUGCUCCAUUCAGAUGAUACUGAGGUUAUGCUUAAUGCCCUCGAACGAUUAGGUGCCGCUACAUUCUCUUGGGAAAAUGAGGGUGAGGUGCUUGUGGUAAAUGGCAAGGGCGGCAAGAUGAAGGCUAGCCCCGAUGAAUUGUACCUAGGAAAUGCCGGGACUGCGUCACGGUUCCUAACGACUGUGGCUACGCUCGCCCAAAAAAGCAGCGUUGACUCAAGUGUUCUCACUGGGAAUGCUCGAAUGAAGCAAAGGCCCAUAGGCGAUCUGGUUGACGCUCUUGCAGCCAACGGCGCCGGUGUCGAGUACCUGGAAAACUCAGGAAGUCUUCCGCUCAAGAUUGCUGCUUCUGGAGGGUUCGCCGGUGGGGAGAUAAAUCUUGCUGCAAAAGUAUCCUCUCAAUAUGUGUCAUCGUUGUUAAUGUGCGCUCCGUAUGCUAAAAAGCCAGUCACCCUGAGGCUUGUAGGCGGGAAGCCUAUCUCACAAACUUAUAUCGACAUGACCACUACAAUGAUGCGAUCGUUCGGUAUCGACGUCAAAAAAUCUGAGACAGAAGAGCACACUUACCAUAUUCCUCUUGGUUUCUAUAUCAGUCCCGCAGAAUAUAUCGUUGAAAGCGAUGCCAGCUCCUCCACAUACCCGCUGGCGGUUGCUGCGAUCACGGGAACCUCUUGUACUGUCCCGAAUAUUGGAUCAAAGUCGCUUCAAGGAGAUGCUCGAUUCGCAGUUGAAGUCCUGCGGCCAAUGGGUUGCACCGUCGAUCAGAAGGAUUUCUCGACUACAGUCACUGGCCCUGCUAACGGAAUACUGAGACCGCUGCCCAAUGUAGACAUGGAGCCCAUGACAGAUGCAUUCCUGACAGCGUCAGUUCUUGCUGCUGUUGCAAGAGGUGGGGGAUCGAACCACACAACACGGAUAUUCGGUAUCGCAAACCAAAGGGUCAAAGAAUGUAACAGAAUUAAGGCUAUGAAGGAUGAACUUGCCAAAUUCGGGGUCACUUGCCGAGAACAUGAUGAUGGCCUCGAAAUCGAUGGCAUAGACCGCUCGACACUGCGUCACCCGUCAGACGGUGUGUACUGCUAUGACGACCACCGUGUUGCGAUGAGUUUCAGCGUCCUCUCCUUGGUGGCUCCUCAACCGACUCUGAUCCUCGAAAAGGAAUGUGUUGGCAAAACGUGGCCCGGCUGGUGGGACAGCCUAGCUCAGACUUUCAAGGUGAAAUUGGAUGGGAAGGAAGUGGAAAAGAAGACAGGAAGGGGGGGUAUUGUCCAUCUAGACAAACCUGCUGCAUCGAUCUUCAUCAUCGGCAUGCGAGGUGCUGGGAAGACAACAAGCGGUGUGUGGGUUUCCAAAGCUCUGCAGCGUCCGUUUAUUGAUUUGGACGACGAGCUCGAAAGAACUGAGGGUAUGACCAUUCCCGAAAUAAUCAAACAAAGGGGUUGGGAAGGAUUCAGGGAAGCUGAACUCUCAUUACUACGGAGGGUAAUGACUGAAAAACCAACUAGGUACAUUUUUGCCUGUGGUGGAGGUAUUGUUGAAACGCCGGAGGCUCGCAAACUCUUGAUACAGUAUCAUAAAACUAAAGGCAAUGUCAUACUUGUCAUGCGAGACAUCAAGGAAAUCAUGGAUUUCUUGAAAAUUGACAAGACACGCCCAGCAUAUGUUGAGGACAUGAUGAGUGUCUGGCUGCGCCGAAAGCCAUGGUAUCAGGAAUGCAGCAAUGUUCAAUAUUUCAGCCGCUUAACGGGUCUGGAUGGGAUGGCACAGGUUUUGGGAGGCUUCAAUCGUUUCUUAAAAGUCAUCACCGGACAGGUGGACAGCCUUGCACAGAUGAGAUCAAAAGAAAAUACUUUCUUCGUUUCUCUAACGCUUCCUGAUCUCGCGCCGGCUGCCCCUAUCUUGAAAGAAGUCACGCUGGGCUCAGAUGCUGUGGAGCUGCGGGUCGAUUUGCUUAAGGAUCCCCAGUCUGACAGUGAGAUCCCAUCUGUUGACUAUGUCGCUGAGCAAAUAUCCGUGCUGCGUAGUCGUACCUCAGUACCUCUAGUAUUUACGAUCCGCACAAAGGCCCAAGGUGGUCGAUUCCCGGAUGACGCAUACGAUGCUGCCUUACAACUCUACCGCCUUGCGAUCCGAAUGGGGUCCGAAUUUGUGGACCUGGAAAUAUCGUUCCCAGAGCAGCUCCUGCGCACUGUGACUGAAAUGAAAGGCUUUUCGAAAAUCAUUGCCUCUCACCACGAUCCCAAAGGAGAGUUGUCAUGGGCGAAUGGCUCAUGGAUCCAGUUCUACAACAAGGCUCUUCAGUAUGGGGAUGUGAUCAAACUUGUUGGUGUUGCAAGAUCACUUGACGACAACGCUUCACUGAAGAAAUUCAAAACCUGGGCAGAGGAGAAACACGACGUCCCAAUAAUCGCCAUCAAUAUGGGUGACAAGGGACAGCUAAGCCGGAUGCUAAAUGGUUUCAUGACACCAGUAUCCCAUCCUAGCCUACCCUUCAAAGCCGCCCCUGGUCAACUUUCCGCCAGGGAGAUCCGAAAAGGCCUCUCUCUCAUUGGCGAGAUCAAGUCAAAGAAAUUCGCAGUCAUCGGCAACCCCGUCUCUGCCUCUAGAUCGCCGGCAAUGCACAACGCUCUUUUCAGACAAAUGGGUCUCCCACAUAUCUACGGGACUCUAGAAACAGAAGAUCCCGAGAUCGUCAAAAAAUUCAUCCGCUCCCCAGAUUUUGGCGGGGCCUCAAUCACCAUCCCCUUAAAACUAGACAUCAUGCCCCUCCUCGAUGAAAUAGCACCGGAAGCAGUGUCCAUUGGUGCAGUAAACACCAUUGUCUGCGCCCCGCCAGCACCAGACGACCAAUCGCAAGCCCCGCGCCUUAUCGGCCGCAACACAGAUUGGCAAGGCAUGGUCCGCUGCCUAAGCGACGCGGGUGCCUAUCCCGCAGCCACGCCCACAACCACUUCCGCGGGCCUGGUUAUCGGAGGCGGCGGAACGGCCCGUGCAGCGAUAUUCGCCCUUCAAAGCAUGGGCUACUCCCCCAUUUACGUGGUAGGCCGCUCCCCAGACAAACUUUCUAGCAUGACGUCCACGUUUGCCCCGGACCACGACAUCCGCAUCCUGGAAGACGUGAAGGCGCUAGAAUCUUUGCCCACGGUGGCAAUUGGGACGAUACCUGGCGAUAAGCCGAUCGAGCCGCACAUGCGAGAGAUUCUCUGCGAGCUCUUUGAUCUAUGCGAAAAGGCGAAUUCGGACGCUGAGCAGGCGCGGGGCAUCAGCACAAAGCGGAUCUUGCUGGAAAUGGCGUAUAAGCCGUCCGUCACGUCGUUGAUGCAGUUGGCUAGUGAUUCGGGAUGGACGGUGUUGCCCGGCCUGGAGGCUUUGGUGGCACAGGGGGUCUAUCAGUGUGAAUACUGGACCGACAUUACGCCCGUCUAUGAAGAUGCCAGGAAUGCUGUAAUGGGCGUACAACCGAAAGACGACGAUAUCUCAACGUAAGAGAUGGUCUGCCAUGCAUACCGCAAUACUUACUGAAAAAAUGCCGUCCAAAACGUACCGGCUACUGAAGCUUUAUUGAGGUGGAAUUAAUUAUAUAGUGAGGUAGACCGGGAGGGAAAUGAUUUGUUUGUUUCAACAAAGAACAAAGUGUGCAUAUAUAAAAAUUUUCGGAUUUGGCUAAAUACUGGUGAACAGUUACGUAGUUUAACAUUCAGGGGUUUUAAAUAGAAAAAGCAAUUUCAUUAUUUUAGCUUAUGACUUUCUCAAUAUUCCAGUUUAGCUGUGUAUUUUGAUCCUCUUGAAACAUUACGUACGUACUUUCUAUAAAUGCAUGAAGAAGUUGGCAAAAAGGAAGGGUGAAAAAAAAAAAAGAGAAAGGAAUAAAGAGUAGAAUGGAAUCGGAAUAAUACAAACCGGAAACCGGAAACCAGAACACUCCCUUUGGCAUAUUAACGCUGAGAGUCCCAAAAACAUCAUGAGCAUGGCAUGUAAUAUAUCUAAGUAUCUGAUGCAAAACAGAAAAACAAAUAAGGCUAAAUAUAUGCAGGAGACUUCCAAAAGUAAA